AUGCCCACCCACUUGCCCACCCGCUACGGCGUCGUGCUGGGCUCGGUGAUCGGCGGGGGGCUGCUCCUGGUGGCCGUGCUGGUGGCCCUGGGCUAUGCCAUCCGCUUCUGCUGGCUGCGGCGCCAGGCGGUCCUGCAGCGGCGCCUGAGCGCCAUGGAAAAGGGGAAGCUGCAGCGCUCGGCCAAGGACGGCUCCAAGCGCAGCCGCCAGGCCCCCGUGCUCUAUGCCAUGCUGGACCACGGCCGCGGCGCCAAGAAAUCCAAGGGCGCGCCGGGAGACUCCCGCAAGGAUAAGAAAUAGCGGUUGGAGAAGGGCACCGAGG